AUGGACCCAGCAGCUGUGGAAGAGUUUCGGAAGCUCGAGCAGGAGAAGAACAGAUUAGAAGGUGAAAUCAAGACCCUUUAUGAGUAUUUGACUGAAGAUGGUAUGCCUGGCGUUUCUGGCCCUUUGGUUGAUGAUGAAGGCUUCCCCAGGGGAGACAUCGACCUCUAUGCCGUGCGGCAGGCCAGAAACAAAUAUGUCUGCGCACAGACAGAUCACAUCGAGGUCAUGAAGAAGAUCGAACAGGCAAUCGCAGCCAUCCAUGCAAGCGCAAAGGUGGACGUGCCACGAGAACGGCCCGCAGCCAAAAUGGAAGAGGAUCUCCCAGAAAACGACAGCGACAACGUUUUCCUGCAGGUGAAACUAACCACUCCCUUCGCAACCAUUGAUGAAGUCAGUGAGGCGUCUCCUGCUGCAGCGGCUGGCCUCAGAGUGGGUGAUCAAGUGUGCCGAUUCGGAGCUGUGUCGAUGCAGGACACUGGCGACUUGAAUGCGUGCUUCAAUGCCAUUCGUGAACUGGUACCUCAGAGCGUUGGCACGCCAAUCAAAGUGCUAGUGCUUCGUGGUGAGCCGCCUGUACGAGCUGAGCUUGAACUAGUGCCACAGCAAUGGUCCGGACGAGGCUUGCUUGGGUGUCACAUGGCACCAAAGCCCUAA